GAUGCAGCAGAAGCAGCCGCAUCCUGCUGUCGCGCACGCACCCGCGCGCCCGCCCGUGCGCUCAUUCCCUCUCCCCGCCGAGCUCUUCUGUGCUGUGCGGUCUAUGGUCCAACACAACACGAGUGAUCGGUUGUCGGUUUCAGCACGGGACAGAUCCUGCAGCCGCUCGGUGCAGCAUGGCGACAGAGUUUCACAACCUCCAAGAGAUGCAGCACUGUGCAUCACUGGUUACUAAGGUCUUCAUACAGAGAGACUACAGUGAAGGAACUGUCUGUCGAUUCCAAACCAAGUUCCCAUCAGAGCUUAACAUCAGAAUUGAGAGAACUUUGCUGGAGGAAACGGUGAAGACUCUCAACUCCUAUUACAUGGAAGCUGAGAAGAUUGGAGGCCAGUCGUACAUGGAGGGAUGUCUGGCUUGUGCAACAGCUUACAUUGUCUUCCUCUGCAUGGAGACACGCUAUGAGAAGGUUCUGAAGAAGAUAUCUGGCUACAUUCAAGAGCAGAAUGAGAAGAUCUACGCUCCUCGAGGUCUGCUGCUCACAGACCCCGUAGAGAGAGGGAUGAGGGUUCUGGAGGUCAGCAUUUUUGAGGACCAGGGCUCAGCGGGCUCCAGUCCCAGCAGCACCCUGUCAUCAGACAGCAGUGCUCGAUGACAGGAGGGGCAGCGCCAGGCUUACGGGUACCACCACAGGGGCAGCGGGACACUCACCAACAUCCGUAUGUUGAAACAUGAAAGCACCAGGUUCUAGAAUAUCUGGAAAAGAAAAAGGCAAGGAGGUGAUCUGCAGCAUUUACACUGUACCUGCUGGGGCCUUCAACUUAUCAGGAAAGGCUGUUGACACAAACACACUGGAUAUUUAGCAGAGAUAACAAACACAGGUGAACACACCCAUGCGGCUGGAAUAUAUAGGUUCUAUCAUCCCAUUUUUCUUUUUUUUUUUUUCGUUCCGAAAUGUUAUUUUGCGUAGGUCUGUGUUAAAGAAGACAACUAAGACCAAAGGGAAGAGUUGUUUUUAAUUUUGGAACAAUUGUCAAGACAUUCUGGUGGAAAUGUACCAACCAUCUUGGAGGAUCGUUUGUCCUCCGUUCUUCCUGAUUCCUGCAUUUGGAUCAGGUGGUUGAAUCUCUUUGAAAACAAGCAAAUUGGGCCUACCGUGAGAUUAUGCUCCCUUCACAUGCAUUUGAAUUAUUUAUCCUCCUUAUUCCCUACAGUGAAUACCAAUGAUCCAAAUCACAGCUGCAGGUCACACUCGUACACACACAGUCACAGAUGCAUGCAUGCAUGCAAUUCCACUGAAGGUUGAUGGCAUGUGCACACGUCACACAGACAAUUACAAUAAGUGGCCGUAACUUCCUGCACAGAUAUGGGCUCUGCUGGUGUUGCAGUCAGCUCAUUUGGAGCAAAUCACUGCUCAGUUGUGUUGUAUGAGCAUAGCUUGUACGAGAAAUUGGGAAUUUUUCUGCAUUUGCAAAAUGAGUCAAAUGCAGCGAGUAUCACCCUCAAACCUUUUUUGACUUAAAAUAAAUUUGAGGUUUGAAACCUGUGGCUGCUUUUUAACAUUAGAGCAAAUCACUGUUAGUGUGACCAACAGUGUUUGUCAGCUAUUUUGCUCUCCACACAGUAUGUCUAUGACAGUGCAGACACAUUAAAUAUAUACCACGGCAGAAUACUGCAGUUUUUUUUAGACAGCACAUUCCCAGCUGUUCCCAUGGUGACUUUGUAUGAUCACAAAAGCCUCAUUUGAUCAAGAUUGUGACAAAAAAAUACCUACAGAAUGCCUUAGACUUGCUGAAAAGUAAACAGAGGGAAGCUCGUUUUCUGUAUUUCCCUACUUCCCUACUAAUUUGAGGGGAAAUUGAGAUUUUAAAUGUUGAAAGAGAAAAGUUCAUGAUAAAUAAUGAGAAAGAUAUGUUUGACCUUAUCUUACACUUUGCUGAAAAUCCUAUAUUUUAAAUCUUAUAUAAAAAAAAAGAAACGAUUUAUUCAAAUCGUUUGCAGCAAUGUAUAAAGGCUUCCCUGUUUUGUGCUGUAAAGAUGCACAGAGCUCCCUGAGGUUUUUACCUUAAAUAGCAAAAAUGUGUUUGCUGGACAACAGCAACCAUCAGAUUAGUGUGUCAUUGUAGAGUGGGAGUGCAGAUGUUAAUGAGAGGCCUAUGUUGAUACUGUAGCAGCUACAUAGAAAAUACAUCAAAUCUCCUGAAAAAAUUAUGUAGGGAUUCUCAUAUUUAUAUCAAAAUUGUUUUGGAUCAUUAUUAAUAUUACUUUUCUUUUAAUUACAUCAUCUGAUUCAGGGUUUCAGUGGCAUUUCCCCCAAUUCAACCAUAUCUGUUGUGAGCACAUGUGUGUGCCAAAAAACAUAUCUAUACGCUAAAAGCUUCUGACUCAACAAACUGGCAGAACUCAUGAUGUUUUGCUUCAUUCCAGGUGAUAGUUUGAUUCAAGCGUUAUUGCCUGGAUGACUGAGUUCAACCGACACUCGUGUUUUACCACAGCAGCUCAGAUCAGUUGUGCUUGUGUUCAGCCUCCUGUGCUUUUUUGUUUUGUUUUUGAUGCCUUCAUGUUUCAUCCCGGUGGACUGGAUAUCCAACCUGGAGCUGAUGGUCUGACUAAAUAAAAAAAGUAUAUUACUCAAACGUCAAUUAAGAUUCUCAAAUUUAUGUAAAUGAACUGUACAGGGUACAGAGUUUUAAUAUAUUCAUCAUGUAAAAAAUGUACAUUAAAAAUGUAAUUACAAUGCAUCCUUACUUAAGCCUUUUUGGGUGCUGAAAACUUGAGGUUUGAAUGUUUGUCUUUAAAUUUUUAGCAAACUAGAAAGCAAAUAACGUUUUUGAAGCUCCGUCACUUGCCCGUUUUGAAAAAAAUAAACAUGUUUUCUGUUUAUUCAAAUUGUUGAUUAUGUAGCUUGUUAUAUAGAUGGUAGUGAUGAUGUCAAUCCUACUGGCAAAAAAAGAGACAGCAAUUGAUGAAUCCUCAGGGGAACGUUUCACCAAAUUUAAAGGACAUUAAAGGAAGAGCAUGAAAUGAGUGCAGCAUUCUAGACAAACUCAUUACAUCUUUUAUAAAUAGUCAGGAGAGUUUCUGUGACAUGUGAUCUUUGGGGGAAAAAAAGUCACUUUCAUAUAAAUAUGUUUUAUACCUGCAGCAUUAGUACAUGUGUGCACCGUGCAAAAGAGAAGUCAGUCAAAUUUAAAAAUGUAUCAAAACUUCUGAUGUAAUGAAGGUUUAACCAUUUUAGUUAAGGCUAACCAUUUUUAAAUAAAUAUUAUUUCAAAUAAGUGGUAAUUUAAUGCAAAGGCCUAUUUACUGUUGAGGUUUGGUUUAUUGCUAAGUAACUAUGCAUUUCUGUUUGAAGCAUCAGAACAGGCUGGGAAAUGUGCAAAAGAUUUCUUAAGGUGACACUAAAAUGAAUCCCUUUUUUAAACUCACAUGCACCAUGUGUUCACUUUCAAGUCUUUAAAUAUUCAGACACAUUUAACUGAACUGCAGAAAAAGGAUUCCAUCAAUUUGUACACAGUUCAGGUAUAGGAUUUUAUUAUUUAUUCCACCUGUUAUCUCAAGAAACAGAAUUCUUUUUUAUAGAAAGAUGUAUUUUUAGAAAAAAUCUAAACACAGACAUUAUAGGAUGGUUCUAGAGUUUCAAUUUUUUCUUUUCUUUAAGUGUUUGCACCGUAUUUGCACAUAUUGGGAAAGUGAGUAAUAGCAAAUACUGAUAUUGUUGAGUAAAUGUCCUUCGGAGAUUAUGGGGUAAAUUCGAUCAUUGUACAUGUGCCGUUUUACUUUGUAAGAUUAACCUUGGUAUCCACUUUUGAGGAAAAAUCUCAAACCUGAAAGCUGUGCCAAGCAAGAAUUGUACAGUUUAUUUAUUUCACAAUGUCCUUUUUUGUGUAUUUAUCAUGUACUGUGUCUGAAAGUCUGUUAAGUCAGACUCUUGGAAAAAUCAUUGAGCAAAUAACGUGUGUUUGAUAAACUAUGGCUUGACAUUGCCCAACAGUGCAACACAAAAUGCAAAGUCUUCCUUAAAUGUGAAAACUCUGUGUAAUCUUUGUACAAAUAUUUUUGACUGUCUCUGCGUAAUGAUUUGUUAAUUUCAGAAAGACCCAGAAUGCAUUGAUAUUUUGUGCAUACACAAGGCAGCUCCAGAUGAAAGUCUUUCAAUGGUCCCGUUUGUGCUGCAGAGAAUGAAAUUAUUUUAUACUGUUUAUGUGUUUACAGAUAUUGAUGUACAGCACAUUUAAAAAGACUGUUGCAAUUCCUGUUCAAAGAAAGAUGUGUUUGUCUGUAUAAAAAGAUUAAUAAAGUCUGUGAGAAAGUUCAAAAA